AUGCUCUGCAUCCAGGAAGAAUUGGGCGUUUUGGGAUCGCGAGUGGGUUCACCUCUCGAAAACGGUCUCACGCAAACGGAUGGGACGACACUGGAAGAGAGCGUGGAAAACAUGCCGAAUUUGGACGAGAAUCACGAAUCCAACGGUUGGAUGGACGGCCUGCUAGGGUGUUUGCAACCCGUUUGGAAAAUAAUUGGAAAAGCGACGGGGAACGAGCUUAAAAGUCACUUGCAAGACGAUUGGGAAAUUCCAUUUGAAGCGAUUACGGAUUUAACUUGGUUGGGCGCCGGAGCUCAGGGUGCCGUUUUCAGCGGAAAACUCCGCGGCGAAAUCGUAGCCGUUAAGAAAGUUCAAGAACAAAAAGAGACUGAUAUUAAAAAUUUAAGAAAGCUCAAUCAUCCGAACGUCGUCAAAUUCAAAGGCGUGUGCACUCAAGCACCCUUUUUCUGGAUAAUCAUGGAAUAUUGUCCGGCGGGUACUUUGUACAACAUAUUGAAAUCGGGAGAACCGGUUCCACCGAAAAGACUUAUUAGCUGGUCGAAACAAAUUGCUUCCGGAAUGAACUAUCUUCACGCUCAUAAAAUUAUUCACAGAGAUCUCAAAAGUCCCAACGUGCUCAUAGGAAUCGGAGAAGUGAUGAAAAUAAGCGAUUUUGGAACUAGCAGAGAAUGGAAUGAAAAAAGUACUAUAAUGAGUUUUGCCGGUACCGUGGCUUGGAUGGCACCCGAAGUCAUACUUCACGAACCUUGUUCGGAAAAGGUUGACGUUUGGUCUUACGGCGUCGUCUUGUGGGAAUUGUUAACCGGUGAAGCUCCGUAUAAAGACGUCGAAGAAAGUUGCAUAAUAUACGGCGUCGGAACGAAAUCGAUGACUUUACACAUUCCUUCGACUUGUCCCGAAGGUUUUAGAAUUCUCAUGACUCAAUGCUGGAGCGUGAAACCUAGAAACCGUCCUUCUUUUAAAAUCAUAUUAAAUCAUUUAGAUAUUGCAGCCAAAGAGGUAUUAGCCGAAUCAAACGAAGAUUAUUUCACGUCUCAAAAAUUUUGGAAGAAAGAAGUUAUAGAUCAUAUGCAACACAUGAAAGCAAGCGGGAGUCAAUUGAAAAGAGUCGAAGCGGAUCUCAUAAAAAAGCGAAAAGACGAGUUGAAACACGCACAGGAUAUACGAUGCCUUUUCGAAAGGAAAAUGGAAAGAGCCAAUCAUUUGUAUUUGGAAUUGAGCACGGUUUUGUUGCAAUUGGAAGAAAGGGAAAAAGAAAUCAAAGAGAGAGAAAAAAAUAUUAAUUAUAGAUCUGGAAAUAGACGAAGACUGGAAAGGCCGUUUCAAAAAUUUAACAAAAGGAGAAAAGGAAAAGAGUCUUUAUCAGUGCCAACAUCACCCGAACACAAACCUUCUUCAGAGUCACUUUUGCCUAGUCCGAACGAGGAUCCCAUAAAAGCCGAUCUUUACGUUCAACUCAACGGUUCAUCUAAAGUCGAAUCCGUUCUUUUGGAAAGAACUGCUCAACAUAGGAAAUCUAGACACAGGCAAAUAAGUUCCCCAAGGCAAAGUCCCGGCAAGGAUAGAAAGCAAGUGAAAUGCAUUUUGCCGGAAAAAAUAUUUCGUAGCAGUUUAGUCGACUGCGGUACGCAAACGGAUCUGACGUGUUCAUGCAGUUCGGAAUCGGAUAUUAAAAUGCCACCGGAAAAACAUUCCAUUUCCACGAGUACCUGUUGCACGGAGGGAAAUUUGGAAGAAGAAGAGGAUGACGACGACGACGAAGGCGACGGAGUCGGACGAUCCAUCAGACGCGGAGGAAACAUAUUGAAAGAUGAUAAAAAAUUAUAUCUCAUGUAUGAUAAAAACCGAAUAAUAACGGAAACGGAUGGAAAAGAACAACCCGUUUAUUUCGUUAGGAGUAACGGAGAACGUUGUAAAUAUUUCUACAGGGCGGAAGACUCUAAAUCGGACGCGUCGUCUCCGAACGAAAACAACACUCCCUCACCCAUGCUCUUGUCCACAUCUAGUUUAGACGAGGAUGUACAAAACGAGAACAAAUUAGAAAGGAAUAAUAUUGAUAUAUUAGAUCGUCACAGUAGGUGUGCGAGCGAUGACGAUAAUCUCGAAUCAUUAGGUAGGAAAGUAUCGGAAUUAAGCCUAAACGGAAAUCGCAUCACGUCACCGGAAACUGCUGAUGCCGAAAACAAUGCCAGAAGAACGAAAUCCUUAUUGGAGGAUGACAUUUUAGACAGCUUUUCAGAGGAUGAUAUUUAUGAACAACCAAUUAGGAGGCGAAGUUUGGCGAGAAAACCCAUCGGUCCAGGAACGCGUAACUGUCGAAACUUGUACAAGCAUAGGCUAAUUAUUCAAGACACAGAUUUUUCAAAUGAGGAAAACACGUCAGAAUACGUUCCGUCUAGUAGAGGAUCGACGCUCGAAAGUAAGCUCGAAUAUCCGAAUAACUUGCUCAAAACGCCUGGAGAGUACAAAAUAAGGCAAAACAAAAGAAAAUUGUCUAGCAGAAAAUAUUCCGACAGAAGCGAAUCAGGAUCGGAUUCGGAUGUGGAAAAUCACAGGACGGUCACGGUUGCAUAA